CGUGAAUUAACCAUAAAAUUGAACCUAUUCGAAUACACAAUUCUGUGUACUCAAAGUGCCAGUCAUUGAAUAUUUCGCUAGAAGUUAAUUCGUUCUUCUUUCAUGCACGUUGUAUUACGUUAGUUUAAAAAUACGAUGAGUGCUGUACGCGUAAUCAACGACGAUAGUCAAUUUUAUGGGGAAAUGGCUAGUGCGGGUACAAAAUUGGUUGUAGUAGAUUUCACAGCAGCAUGGUGUGGUCCUUGCCAAAUAAUUGCACCAAUAUUCGAACAAUUAUCAGUUAAAUAUUCAAAUGCAGUAUUUCUUAAAGUUGAUGUAGACAAAUGUGCAGAAACUGCUGCAAAGCAAGGAGUUAGUGCAAUGCCUACAUUUAUAUUUUAUCGCAACCAAACAAAAUUAGGCUUAUGUCAAGGUGCUGAUCCAGUUGGAUUAGAAUCAAAAAUUCUACAGUUUUAUGACAGUGGAGAUACAGAAGAUUCUGAGAGUCCAGUCUCUGGACAUAUGGAUCUAUCUAGUUUCAUUACAAAGGCACAAUGCGAAUGUUUAAACGAAUCCGAUGAUCACAACUUUCUACAAUGUCUAACUGCUGAUGAUGGAUAUUUGGAAAGUGACUGUGAUGAACAACUAAUACUAUCUAUUGCAUUUUCACAAUCAGUUAAAGUACAUUCUUUGAAAAUUAAAGCUCCCAAGGAUAAGGGGCCAAAAAAUAUUAAAAUAUAUAUUAAUCAACCUAGAACAAUUGAUUUCGAUAUGGCAGAUUCUAAUACAAGCAUUCAAGAUCUGACAUUAUCAGAAAAAGAUAUCGAAGAAGGUAUUCCAAUUUCUUUGCGUUAUGUAAAGUUUCAAAAUGUGCAGAAUAUACAAAUUUUUGUGAAAGACAAUCAGAGUGGUAGUGAAACAACAAGGAUUGAUCAUAUAACUAUAUUUGGUUCACCAAUUUCAACAACAAAUAUGGGAGAAUUCAAGAGACUGGAUGGUAAAAAAGGAGAGAGUCAUUAACAACCUACUAUUUACACAUAAAGAAU